AUGUCCCUGUCCUCCAGCCUAAAGAGUCUCCUCACCAUCUGUGUCCUCGCUGCUUUUGUUUCCAGCACUGUGGUAGAGAGUUACAAAUGUGCACAAUGUGAACCUGAAGAGUGUAACAAUGGCGUUGAGAAAACUUGUGAUACCUCUCUCGGCUGCUUCAGUGAAAAGAAAGAACUUAAUAAGACAGGGCAGCAGCAGCCACCGAACCAGCGUAUCCUGAAGAAAGGCUGUUCUUUAGGCAAGUGUGAUGCAAAGGCCUUCUCAGCCACACUGGGGAAUGAGUACACAUUUGGGUAUGGCUAUCGAUGCUGCCACACUGAAAACUGCAACAAAGCGGACUUCCAAGUGGCUCGAAAGUCCUCAGAUCCCAAUGGCAUUACCUGUCCUGCCUGCUACAGUGACCAGGGUUCAACCUGCCAACCAACCAACCUCGCCUGUAGAGGGGAAGAGACGAAGUGUCUUGUGUUUGUAGGCACAGCUAGUGGUGUCCACCCAGUAUUUGGUAUGGGUUGUGCAACUGAAACUGCUUGCAACUUAAAGGAUAUGGAAGUGAUAGACAAUGUAAAAAUCCAUACUGGCUGUGCAGGCAGCAGUAGUGGAAGCCCCCACCUGACGUCCAUCAUCCCAUCAAUUCUGACUGCUCUCUUUCUGCUGAAAGUCUUGCUUUGAUCUCUGAGGCACUUCCAAGCCCAUCUACGAACAUUUCCAAGCACUUCUAUAAACCUGAAAAAGUUGGAGACCUUGAAUGUCUCUUUCCCCCAACACUG